AGUUUGAUUUGUUAGUAUCCUAGUUCAUCUCAUAUGACCACUUAGCGGUACAAGUUUCCUGCACCCGAUUGUGGCUAAACUUCGUCAAUUAAACAAAAGAGAAUAAGUUUUGCUUGAGCAUGGAACAAGAACACAAACCACAGCCUUUCAUCUUUUUUAAGUUUUAACUACGAACCAAAAAAAUAUCAUAUUCAUUACCUACUACAAAACAAACGUUAGGAAGAAAGACCAGCUGAAUAAUUCACCAUGGCCUCUUCCUCUGCUCUCCCUCUCCCACUGAACGCCAAUAUCUCCGCCGCCCUCUCUUCCCCAACCAUAUCACCACCAAUCCUAAUGCCCAUCAAAACCCCCACCAUUCGCUUUCGCCUCAGCAAACUCUGCCAAGAAGGUCAACCCCAUCUUGCCCGCCAACUGCUCGAUACAAUUCCUAAACCCUCUACCGUCCUCUGGAACACAAUCAUCAUUGGCUUUAUCUGUAACAAUAUGCCCCAUGAAGCUCUUUUGCUCUACACCCAGAUGCUGAAUUCAUCUCUAGCUACCAAAUGUGAUUCCUACACUUACUCUUCCACUCUCAAAGCCUGCGCGGAAACACGCAACUUAAAGAUUGGUAAAGCUGUGCAUUGUCAGUUUAUUCGUUGCCAACCAAAUCCCAGUAGGAUUGUAUAUAAUUCACUUUUGAAUAUGUACUCUAUGUGUUUAAGCGCACCUGAUUACGAAAUGGGUUACUCUGUAGGUUAUGAUUAUUUGAAGUAUGAUAUAGUUCGUAAAGUGUUUGAUAGAAUGCGUAAGAGAAAUGUGGUUUCUUGGAAUACUAUGGUGUCAUGGUAUGUAAAGACAGAACGAUAUGUAGAAGCUGUUAAGCAAUUUAGGAUGAUGAUAAAAAUGAGCAUAAAACCAAGUUCAGUGAGUUUUGUAAAUGUCUUUCCGGCAAUUUCGAAAUUAAAGGACUUUGAGAAUGCCAAUGUUCUUUAUGGAAUGCUGCUAAAGUUGGGAAGUGAAUUUGUCAAUGACUUGUUUGUUGUGAGUUCAUCUAUAUUCAUGUAUUCUGAGCUUGGUUGCCUUGAUAUGGCUAGGAAGAUAUUCAAUCUUUGUUUGGAGAGGAAUACAGAAAUUUGGAACACUAUGAUUGGUGGAUAUGUUCAGAAUAACAGUCCUGUUGAAGGAAUCAGUCUCUUCCUUCAAGCAAUAGAAUCAGAACAUGCUGUUCUCGACGAUGUAACUUUUCUUUCAGCUUUGACUGCAGUCUCGCAGUUGCAGGACUUAAAAUUGGCUCAACAGCUACAUGCUUUUAUGAUAAAGAAUUUGUCAGUGUUACCUGUUUUUAUACUGAAUGCAAUCAUGGUCAUGUAUUCAAGAUGCAACUCUGUUGAGAUGUCAUUCAAAAUUUUUCAUAAGAUGCAGGAAAGGGAUGUUGUUUCAUGGAAUACUAUGGUUUCUGCUUUUGUGCAGAAUGAAUUGGAUGAUGAAGGGUUGAUGCUGGUCUAUGAGAUGCAGAAGCAAGGGUUCAUGAUCGAUUCUGUAACAGUGACAGCUCUUCUUUCAGCAGCAUCAAAUCUUAGAAACAAGGAUAUCGGGAAGCAGGUACAUGCUUUUCUAAUUAGGCACGGAAUACAAUUCGAGGGAAUGGAUAGUUAUCUGAUAGACAUGUAUGCUAAAUCUGGUUUAGUUAGGACUGCACAACUACUGUUUGAGAAAAGCUUUACUCAUGAUAGAGACCAGGCCACAUGGAAUUCUAUGAUUGCUGGGUACACACAAAAUGGGCUGAUUGAGGAAGCUUUUGUUGUCUUUAGGAAGAUGCUUGAGCACAAUGUAAUACCCAAUGCUGUAACAAUAGCAUCAGUUCUCCCAGCUUGUAAUCCUAUGGGAAUCAUAAAUUUGGGGAAGCAGCUCCAUGGAUUCUGUGUUCGCCACUACCUUGACCAAAAUGUCUUUGUGGGAACUGCUUUAGUUGAUAUGUACUCCAAAUCUGGUUCAGCCACUUAUGCUGAAAAUGUGUUUAUUAGAACACCUGAGAAGAAUUCUGUCACUUACACCACAAUGAUAUUGGGCUAUGGUCAGCAUGGGAAGGGUGAGAGAGCUCUCUCUUUGUUUCACUCAAUGCAGGGAUCUGGUAUUAAACCUGAUGCUAUUACGUUAGUUGCAGUCAUGUCUGCUUGCAAUUAUGCUGGUUUGGUUGAUGAAGGUGUUAAAAUUUUUGAAUCUAUGGAGAAACAAUAUAAUAUUCAGCCCUCAACUGAGCACUAUUGUUGUGUUGCAGACAUGUUAGGGAGGGCUGGAAGGGUUGUUGAAGCUUAUGAGUUUGUCAAAGGAUUGGGUGAAGAGGGUGAGGUGCUAGAGAUAUGGGGAUCACUUCUUGGGGCUUGCAGAAUUCAUGAACAAUUUGAUUUGGGAAGUGUUGUUGCCAAGAAGUUACUUGAAAUGGAGAUGGUUAAUGGCAUGACAGGCUACCAUGUUUUACUCUCAAAUAUUUAUGCAGAGGAAGGAAACUGGGAAGACGUUGAUAAUGUGAGGAAACAAAUGAGGGAAAAAGGUUUGAGGAAGCAGAUCGGAUGUAGUUGGAUUGGGACUUCUGGUUUUGUGAACAGCUUUGUGUCCAGGGAUAGAAAGCACCCUCAAUGUGAUGAAAUAUAUAAUGUUUUAAAAAAUUUGGCUAUGGAGAUGAAAGAAGCUGGCUACAGACCUUUUAUUGCUUCCAAUGUGGAUGGGAUCUCAGAAUUUGAUGAUUGAAAUAAACAUUUCUUGCGAUUUUGUUGGCAUCUUUGGAAUAUAAAUUGAAGCAAGACUAACUUCAUGGUUUAGCAAACUGAAGCCAGCCAGCUAUAGGAAAUCUAAUGGCUGGCUAGUCCUUUCGCCAAUGUUUAUUAAUUAUGAUUGAUAUUAAGUUCAUGAUUAUCCUAGGAUGCUGUUCAAGCCUAUUCAAACUUCAUAGUGCUUGAGCCUCUUAAUAUGGUCUAUGCUGGUGAACUUGAGCAGUGUGAUUAAGGUGGGUGGGUUGGAUAAGCUAUCUGGAAUCAUCUCAAACAGGCUUUAUCCCUAAGGAAUGGCAGAUGGAAUAAGUAUGACCAUGUUAUCCUACAUUUGCAGAGGAUGUUGUUUUGUCAAACAAAAGAUAACCUGCCAAUGUUCCCUUGGCAUUCAUCAUGUGCUCUCCUCUUGCAAGUUCAUGCAUCCUAGUUGUUCACCCUUGGCAAUAGCAGCCAAACUUUCUGAGCAGAAAUGUCUGAAGUCCUGUUGCUCUAGGGUAGUGGGAGUGCACCCUGGGGUUACAGGUGUCAUUCCAUUUCCAGAUUUUCAGAUUUAGCAUGGGGAAUCAGUCAUGUGGACUUAUCCUCGACAACGAAUGCCUCCGAGUCAUGGUAAUGUAGCUAUGACUUGAAGAGCUUCUAAAGCGGCCUUUGGGACAUUUGUGGGCAUUUUUGUUAGUGUUGGUCAGAUUAUAAGAGUUACGCUGCAGGAUUAUAGAAAACUAAGAAGUGUUGAGCUCCAAAAUCUGCUCUGGACAAUCACUUUACAAUUUACAAUGGCUGGAUUUUGUGGAUGCAAGGAAGUGAAGGCAGAGGAAUUGCAUGGAGAGAUGCCAUAGAGAAAUAAGCUUUUGAUAUCCAUUCACCGCAGAUCCCAGGGCUGGCUUGUUGCGGAGAGAUGAGCACUUGCAUGGUAGUCAUCUUUACUAUGGGACUAAAAGUCUCAUCAUAGUCAAUCCAAACUCAAUGCUAUAAUUAUUGCAUGUGGAAUUCAGAGCAUGAUUAUUGGUGCGUCAAGGUUUAAAGUUUGGUGGGUGACUGCAAGAAUCAAAGAUGGGCCAUCAAUAAACGGAGCCACUUCUUAGAGUUAGCUAUGGUAUCUCUUGCAAAGAUAUCUAUAAUACUAUAAAACCGAAAACGUUUGACCUUUAGUUGACUUCCUCGGGUUGUACCACAUAAGCUUUGGAACCCCCCACAAUUUUCCACAUCACUAAUAUUGUUUAUUUAUUUAAGUUUAAUUUUUUUAGAAAAGAACAACCUGAUUCUUUUACCUCUCUCCCGACUCUCCCUCUUUCACUUUUGAAUGGUCUGCCUCUUUCCUUCCUUCAAAGCAGCUGCCCUCUCCCUCUUUUCUCAGCCUUUCAACCUUAAUCUCUCUGUCAAUUCACAUCGGUUUCUCUUCUAUUUUCUCAGGGCUCAAAUGCAGACCUUGCCCGGCCCUCUCUUUUAAUCUCAUCAAAACAAACCCUUCAAACUCAUACCAAUCUGAGAGUGCCAGAUUCAAAUUCAAAAGUGCUAAACCCACAACUCAAUUCAUCUGAACUUCCGUUGGUCCAGACCAGGUCCUCCAAUAUUCGGUAUUUUAUAUUCCAACUCCAAAUAGGACUCCAAAUUUGCUUUCGUUUCUGAUUUUGCAUGAGGUACCUUUUUGUAUUCAGUUCUUUAUUUUUAUUUUUUUAUAGGUAUUUGUAUUCAGUUCUUUAUAGUGCUAUUUGAUUACAAUUUGGAUGUCAUGGAGUCAGACUUAAUUUGUGUUGAUAAAAUUUUUGGUGGGUUGAUUACAGUUUGGUAUGUUUGAUGCUCUAUUCUUUUAUAGGUAUCAAAGUUCCAUCAAUGAAGUUCUGGUUGCAGAGCUUCUUA